GCGGCGGCCGCAGUUUAGCAUCACUGACCGGAGGACGGGACCGUUAAGGAGUCCGACUCGGCUUUACUGACCACGCAGCUCCGAACCCGCGGCGCUCUCAGCGGCUCGCCUGGCGAGGCUUCGCCGAACCAGACACCGGGAAUAACCGAGGGGUUUAACAGAGGACAGAUUUGGGCAGAAGGUUGGACACAGAAUUUCUGAAGGACCGAACCACUCUGUGUUUUCAGCGCCACCCCCCUAGAGGAUGAAGGCAGUGGGGCUGGUGAUUCUGCUGCUGGCCGGCUGCUCCUGGGCCUCGCGUUUCAGCCGGGACUCCACCCAAGUCAGCCUCGGUGACGCUGCCAAUCAGGAGGUUGAGGCUGCGGGAUGGAACACCUCCGACGUUGAGCAGCCUGUGAUGCAGAGUCCACCCCGGGGUCCAUUCCUACCUAUGUGCAACAAACCCACCGAGAUCAGAGAAGCCUUCAAAUACAUCAACACAGUCAUAUCAUGCUUGAUUUUCGUGGUGGGCAUCAUUGGAAACUCAACACUGUUACGCAUCAUCUACAAGAACAAGUGCAUGAGGAACGGGCCCAACGUGCUGAUUGGCAGUUUGGCUUUGGGUGACCUGCUCUACAUCCUCAUCGCCAUCCCCAUCAACGUGUUUAAGCUCCUGGCAGAAGACUGGCCAUUUGGUGUGCACAUCUGCAAGCUUAUGCCAUUCGUCCAGAAGGCCUCAGUGGGGAUCACAGUUCUUAGCUUGUGCGCUCUCAGUAUCGACAGAUAUCAUGCGGUGACCUCCUGGAGUCGAGUGAAGGGGAUGGAGAUUCCAUUAUGGAAGAUUCUGGAAGUAACGCUCAUUUGGCUGGUGUCCGUAGUGCUGGCAGUGCCUGAGGCUUUGACCUUCGACAUGUUGGAGUUUACUUACAGAGGCAGGAAGCUGCGGGUGUGCCUGCUACAUCCACAACAGAGCACGCCAUUCAUGCAGUUUUAUCAGGAUGUGAAGGACUGGUGGCUGUUCGGCUUUUACUUCUGCUUGCCGUUGGCCUGCACCGGCGUCUUCUACACCCUCAUGUCGUGUGAAAUGCUGAACCGGAAGAAAGGAAUGCGCAUCGCCCUCAACGAUCAUAUGAAGCAGCGGAGGGAAGUGGCGAAAACGGUCUUCUGCCUCGUCGUGAUCUUCGCUCUCUGCUGGCUGCCUCUUCACCUCAGCCGCAUUCUGAAAAAGACCAUCUACGAUCCCACUGACCCCAAUCGCUGUGAGCUCCUCAGCUUCCUGCUGGUGAUUGAUUACAUUGGCAUCAACAUGGCCUCCCUCAACUCCUGCAUCAACCCUGUGGCACUGUACUUCGUCAGCCAGAAGUUUAAAAACUGCUUCAAGUCUUGCCUUUGCUGCUGGUGCCAGAGGAACAUCACUCCGAUUGAUGAGCGGGGUUCAGGGAUACGCUGGAAGGGCUCGUGCCAUGGUAACGGGCUGGACCGGUCCAACUCGCGCUCCAGUCAGAAAUGCAGCUCGUCAUAAAACCACAUACAUCAUCAUAAGCUCCGGGGCCAAGUAGCUCCGUCAACAACACAGUGACAUGUCCAAGCCUUACCCUCACUGCAGCGGGCUACAUCGCAAUCUAGAGUUCCAACCGAUUCUCCUCCGCCCAGGAGUCAACUUCACCAGGAUGUCAGAACUGAGAGAUGUCACUCACUCUUUGCCAUACAAGGAGUUUUCCGGCCACAAUCGCCAGUCAGUCCGCAGAAAAUCACACAAACUGGCUUCGCAGAGUCACUUCAGGCCCACGCAGACGACACCGGCUGGAUACCGGCAGUCUAAACGUGGAGCCGCUGCCGAGUGGCUUGGGUCUAGGAGUCUCUUACCAGAUGCACAGGAAAAGACUGACAUGCUGAGACCGUACGGGGGGGGGGGGGCAGUAAUGCUUAACGCGGUGAUGGAGUCCAUCUUUUCUCUAGACAAACCAGUGGACAGGCCGUAAAACCAAACGGGGUCUUCCUGGUGGAGCAUUACUGAAAGCAGCGUCUCUGUGCACAGCGCGACUCUUUUACCUGGGUUCUUACACCGUUACUGAACUACCUGCCAUUAAAUGUUGUUAGAACAGCACUACAUCAGCAGGAAGGCACUCUGCCACAGGUUACACGUGCAGAUGUGUGACGGCACCAUUCAAGCCAUUUUGAGGAAGACUCCGUGUCAUGAAGGUUGUCUGUAGAUAAGCUGACAUCAUUUGCAUCACAUCACUCUCACCUAAAUAUCAUUCUAAUUGACUCGGUUAUUGAAACCAUUGGGAUUCCCCUCAAAUCGCUGUGGAACGCUCAAGUGUUUCCAGGCUGGUUCUGACUGAACUGGUUUGAGCUGUUCAGUCGUAACAAACCUCAAAAGUUAGAAGGUUCUCUGAACUCUGAAGCGUCUCUACUGUGAUGAACAAGUUAGAAUGAAAUUUAGACCAGAUUCUGAUUGAAUUUUGCCUCUGAGUGAAUCACAAUGGCUUCGUCAAGACGCAUCAAACUAGACUGACCUGUCAGUUCAUCUUAUUCCGUGUAAGCUGUGUGAAGACAGGUCCCAUUUGUAUACGUUCAUUACCCAUAUACACGUUUAUAUUUUGAGUUAUGCGUGUUCUUCGUCACUGAACUGAAGUGAUAAACAGAUGCACUGUUGUUAACUUUAGGGGCCUUCGACUCGACCCCUAAACGUUACAGUCGUGAAUCUCUGUCUGCCUUCCGUCUGAAAUGCAAAGCGAAAUUUUACCUCAAAAACAUUUUCAUAUUUGACUUCGCUGACGUGCUGAGAGGGAGUUCUGCGCUGGUACAGGACGAGACGAGAAAAAGCUUCUCGCCUGGUUUUGUUUGCUCAAACUUCCCUAAACGUUCUUCGUCCAGUUCAAGCCCCGAGGACAGGUGGCCUCCGUCUUGCGCAGUGUGUGGCGGUUCAAGGCCUUUUUACCUCAAUCAUUUUUAGAAUUCAAGCUGAAUAUGAUUUUGUUUUUCAGGUUAAAUUUACCUGUGAAUUUGUGAAACUUGUCUUAAAGCUUUGUAAGGAGUGAAAAUAUUUUUUUAUUAUUACAUUUUUAUGAAUAGUUUCUCUCUCAGUUUUGGACUGCCCAUUACAUGAAGUCCAGAUGUUUCCUUUAUGAUUAUGUUGGUCAGCUGUGUUAAAAUAUUUUCAUAUAUAGAACUGAUUUACUUCUUCUAUCUGCUCUUGUAUGUCGUUGCUGUCGGGACAGUUUCACAUCAUUUGAAAAUACCUGUUGUUCUUUACAUUGUGUGCAAAUUUCAUGAUGAAUGGCUCAAAAGAAACGACCCAAAAUGACUUGGAAAGUCCGGUUCCAGGGACUUACGUUAAAAGUAGGUUUUUUCCUUCUCCUGUCAAGUUACUGUUUUGUUCCGACAGCAGUGAUAUAUGUUUAUUCCUCUUAAACUGUUUAUUUUUUACUAUUAACAAUGCUUUUAUACUGUACCUACUUAUUGUCAAAUAAGCUGCAUUAAAAUGCUAUUUUAUCACA